AUGUGGGCUGCGGGGGGUCUGGAGAUGCUUCUCAGCAACAGCAGCCAGAAAAACACGACAGAAGCCGAGGACUGGACUGAGGUCUAUGAGGUGGAGAGGUGGAUCCAGCUGGUCAUGGCUGUUCUCAGCGCUCUGGGCUCCAGCUCCAUCAUCGUGUACUCAGCUUCCCAGAGGCUGCUUCGCGAACCGGAGGUGCAGCCUCUCUUGCUGCUCAGUGUGUCUGACCUGCUGCUGGCUGUCUGCUGGCUGGUCGGAGCCUCUCUCUUCUCUCAGGACUGCAGCCGACCAGCCGACUGCUACAACCUCCACACCGCAGAGCAGAUGCUGUACAUGAGCUCCUUCCUGUACACGCUGAACUACAUAUGGAGGCUGUACGCCGGCGUCAGGACCCGCUUCUUCUGCAGCAUCAACGGCUUCCCUGUGCAGAGUGACAUCAGAGUGAGCACAGCCAGCAAAGUCACGGCGCUGCUCUCAGGGGUGCUGCCGGCGCUGCUGAUGACGCCCGUGUUCGUCCAGGGAAACGUCCACCGCUGCUACGCCAACCUCAGCCAGCCGUACAGGUGCCUGUUGAUGCAGACGGGGGCGCUGUUCCUGACCCCGGAGCAGCAGCAGCAGCAGCAGGGAGCCUGCAGGUUGCUGUACAACUACCGCAUCGCAGUCUUCCUCACCACCUUCCUCAUCACGCUGAUGGGCAUCGUGGUGCUCAUGGGAAAGGCCCGCCGUAUCUACAGGCGGGUGGUGACCUCCGCCGGUUACCUUGGCGACCGGCAGUGGGCCUCCUUCCGUGUGGUGGACAGGCGGAUGCUGCUCUACCCUUCUGUCUUCAUCUUCUGCUGGGGGCCAGCGGUGUACCUGGCGGCGGCGCGGCUGUUCAGGCCGACGGCGGCGCGAGGCCUGGCCAGCGUCGUGCUCUACAUCGCCCAGGCCUUCACCUCGGGCUCGCAGGGCUUCCUCAACUGCCUGGUGUACGGAUGGACGCACACACAGUUUCGCUCGGCCAGCAGGCGGAUUUCGUUCCGGGAUGCCGACACCCAGACGCCCCUGCUGCGCUCUCAGAAGAGAGGCUACGACGCCCUGCGUGCCUCCGGCUAGACGGGACGGACCCCGCCGGCCCCGGGCCCCGAGCGGCUGAGUCUCGUCACCUGCAGUGCAGGAAAGUA